AUGUCAUCUGAUGAAUCGUUCGCACCGGCAGUGACGCUCCCUAAUGUCGGCAUUCAUAUUGACCCGGAUCACAAUCUUUGGCUGGACCAAGCCGAACCCAGUCUAGAGGACGUCAAAUCCGGAGCAAACUUACAAGUCGGGGAAGUUACAAUUGCUGUGAAAACAACUGGCAUAUGUGGAUCUGACGUCCAUUUCUGGAAGCAUGGUGGCAUUGGUCCGUGGCAAGUCAAAGGUCCGCAUAUACUUGGUCACGAAUCAGCCGGUGUAGUUGUCGCGGUACACCCUACGGUCACCCGUCUGCAGCCAGGCGAUCGAGUUGCGAUCGAGCCUCAUAUCAUCUGCAACUCAUGCGAGCCUUGCCUAACAGGACGGUACAAUGGCUGCAAGAAUCUACUCUUUCGAUCAAGUCCCCCAUCACAUGGCCUCUUGCGACGAUAUGUCAACCACCCUGAAGUCUGGUGCCACAAGAUUGGGAGUCUAUCGUUCGACCAGGGUGCUCUCCUUGAACCUCUAAGUGUCGCACUGACUGGGGUGACUCGGUCUGGGGUUAAGAUCGGUGACCCCGUCCUUAUAUGCGGCGCUGGACCCAUCGGCUUGAUCACGCUCGAUGUCUGCCGAGCAGCAGGCGCUUAUCCAGUUGUAAUCACAGACAUCGAUUCUACUAGGCUGGACUUCGCCAAGACGAUCAUGCCUGAGGUCAUUGUUCACAGAGUACAGAAAGAAGAGACCCCCGAAGACUUCGAAAACGCCGUCAAAAGCUCACUAGGAGAGAGUGUUGAAAUUGCCGUCGCAUUGGAAUGUACAGGUGUUCAGAGUUCAGUCUGUAACGCGAUACAGACCGUCAAAUUUGGGGGAAAAGUCUUCAUUAUCGGUGUAGGGAAGGAAAAGAUGGAGAUCCCCUUCAUGCGCUGUAGUGCGAAUGAAGUGGAUAUCCAAUUCCAGCAGCGGUAUGUCAAUAUGUGGCCAAGAGCGAUAAGAGUAAUGGAGAGUGGAAUGGUGGACUUGAAGCGGCUUGUGACACAUACGUUCACUUUGGAGAAUGGGAUUGAGGCGUUCAAGACUGCAUCUGAUCCCCACAGUGGAUCGAUCAAAGUGUUGAUCCAGUCUUGA